AUGACCGCGCACCUGCAGGGGAUGGCAAUGCGCAACUGCUCCAGCUUCCUGAUGGAGAAGAACAAGCAGACACACAGCAAGAAACCUAAUAACCAGAAGGUCCGAAAUUCCUUCCACUACAGCCUCCGGAGCUACUGCAAGACCGCAGGCGUGGAUCCCACAGCGGAUAGCAAGGGUGUCAUGGAGGUCAUGAAGCAGACCUUCCACGUGCGGACCACCAUCAGCAAGAACACAGGGGACCACCCUUAG